AUGUUUCAUUUGGCCAGGGGUUUAUACGCGAACUUGAACCGCAAGGAACAGUACUCCAUACUAAUCCUGGGACUCGAUAAUGCCGGCAAGACUACAUUCUUAGAAAUGCUAAAGAAAGAACACUCCAAGAGUUCGAAAGCGCCGAACAAAAUAGCGCCGACUGUCGGUCAGAAUGUAGCAACUAUCCCAAUAGAAUCCAGCAUAUUGAAGUUUUGGGAUGUGGGAGGACAAGAAUCUUUGAGGGCUUUAUGGUCCGAGUACUACAGUCAAGCGCAUGGAAUCAUUUUUGUCAUCGACAGCGCUGAUCGAGAACGAUUGGAAGAGUGCUGUCAAGCAUUAAGAACUGUGGUAAUGAACGAGGAAGUCGAGGGCAUUCCUGUACUCAUGCUGGCUAACAAGCAAGACAGAGAAGAUCGCAUGGAAGUCCAGGACAUAAAAGAGGUUUUCAACAAACUAGCUGAGCAUUUGGGGGCCCGCGAUAGCCGUGUUCUGCCGAUAAGUGCAUUGACCCAGGAAGGUGUGAAAGAGGCUGCAGAGUGGAUUUUGGUGCGGCUGAAACGGAAUAAGACCAACAAGCCACCGGAAUACCGGUAA